UGUGCGCGCCCACGGGAGGGGCCGACAGAAAAUGGCGAGUCUGUGCAAAAGGCAGCAAUGCACGAUAGAGAGGCGCGGCUUUCGGCAGGAACUUGACUCUUGGAGGCACAAACUCAUUCACUGUGUAGGCUUUGAAAGUAUCUUGGAAGGCUUGUUUGGGCCGGGACUAGUCAAAGAUAUCACCCUUUUUCAAGAUUGCGAGCCAGAGGAAGUGUCUGACUGGUCCUUUGACGAAAACUGUCUCUUCUGCUGCUUAAGACGCGAAAAAGUUAAGGAGCACAGCGUAGAGAACGGCGGCGGCAGCCAGGUGCUGUCGGAGUGUGAAGACUUCAAACAGGAGCGGUCUCGGAUCAGCCGGCUGGAGAGACAGGCCCAAGACUUCCUCAAUGCUGUGUUCCACAGAAAAGAACUCCCAAGUUUCACAGACCCUCACAUUCCUCUAGUGGCUCGUGAGAUUAUGCAGCGAAUGAUCCGCCAGUUCGCUGCCGAAUAUACCUCAAAAACUACUCAGGACGACCCGCCCCUGCCCAACGGCACCAUGAAGGACCAAAGCCUGCCGAGAGCGGCGUCUCUGGCCCCGGCCCCCUGCUCCCCCCCUGGGCCCCGGCCUGUGCCCAGCUCCCCUCCAUCAUCUGCCUCUGCCUCCUCCUCCCCAUCCCCGACCCCAGGGCCGGCCCUCAGCCCCUCCGCCUCCUCCUCCUCUGCCGCCGCCUCGGCUUCUGCCUGCACCCAGAGCAGCAACGGUACGGGGGCCAGUAACGGUGGAGGGGGGGGCACAGCUGCUGCCUCUGCACAGAACCCCGUCCUCAGUAAGCUUCUCAUGGCCGACCAGGACGGCCCGCUGGACCUCACUGUCAAGAAGAACCAGGUGGAACCGGAGCCCAGCCAGCAGGAUGGCGUCCUCGACCUCUCCACCAAGAAGAACCACAGCGCAGGGAGCCUCAAGUCCUUCCCUGGCACCUCCCCUUCGCCAGGGGUCAAAGGACACUCUCUGAAAGUAGACCAUGACGUGGAUGACGAGGACGUGCUGCUGCAGAGAAGCUUGCAGGACGGACUGAGGGAGAACUUGGUCAACUCAUUCAAGCCCCCGCUGGCCCGCUCGCUGCGUAUCAAGGAAGAGCUCCUCAGCCAGAAACACUGCCUCUUGAGUCAGCCCGCUGCUCUGUCGUUGUCCAAUCUAGAGUCAGCCAGUUUGCUCAAUCACGGGCAAUCUCACUCCUUGCUUGGCCAGAAGGGUUCCUCUUCUUUCUGGGGGAGCAAGGCCCACCUUGACAGCCUGAUGAAGCUAAAACAGGCCAGCGGAGUUCUGAGCGGGGCCCUCAGUGACCUCAAAGACCUGCCUACCUUCUUGGAGAAUCACCACCACAACCACCAUGGAGCCUUCUCCUUCAAAAGUUCCCUCCACCUCCACAAUCAGCUCUCCAAGACCCACCACAACGAAGCCAAGAGAGACCAGGGCCACUCGCUUCCUGUCGACCUGAAGAUCCCCCAGGUUCGGGGCAUGGACCUCUCCUGGGACUCUCAUGCUUCUGAUCUGUACAGCUACGGCGCCAUGGGGGUCGGAGGUGGCGCCCAUGGAGAGAACACCCUGAGCCGGAAGCUGAGAGCCAUCCUGCCUAAGCAGAACCGCAGGGGAGGAAGCCUGGGAAGCCUGUUGGAUGGAGCAGCCGACUACUGGACCUCUGACUUGGACCACUCCACCUCUGGGCCAGCGUAUUCGACCUCCGACGUGGAAGGAGACCCGAACUCCAAGCAGCCGAGGAAGAAGAGGGGCCGCUAUCGCCAGUACAACAGCGAGAUCCUGGAGGAGGCUAUAGCGGUGGUGAUGAGCGGGAAGAUGAGCGUGUCCAAGGCCCAGAACAUGUACGGGAUCCCGCACAGCACCCUGGAAUACAAGGUCAAGGAGCGCAUGGGAACCUUGAAGAACCCCCCAAAGAAGAAACUCAAGCUUAUGAUGAAGAUGGAAGCAGGAGGCCAGGAUUUCCCCAACGAGUCGGAGAACACUGCGACUCCACGAGAUGACGGCCCGCCGCUGGCAGCUGCUGAGCUCAAGGACAAUGUAAAGGAAGAGAUUGAUGAUAAUUUCAAACCAAUCGAUUAAAUGACUAACACAUGUAAACCUCAGUCAAAAGUAAUUUGAAAAUGGAUGGGGCUUUAUUUGUGCCAAUUUACUUUGCAGUAUCUGGGUGAGCACAAACACAGGGAUAAUAUGAGGAGGAUUCUUAAAACAACUGGAGAGAAACAACUAAUCGGAUGGUUUUAAACAGGCGUCACACGAAGGACGCUGUACAAGCAUUUGUUUCGCUUUUAUAUCCGGGGGCUUAACAAAUGCAGCUAAAGACAUGAGUUACAUGACAAUUAAUGAAAUUUCCUUAAGCAUGCUGAUAAUCCCCUGCUCAAAACCCUAUUCCCUUCUUUUGAGAACUUGAUACACUGAACUGCUGCUGCUUAUAAAUGCAGUUUGGGCUUUGGACCAUUCCAAUUUGGGGGGGGGGGAAUUAGGGGAAGUUUAAAAUUAACUCCUUUCAAAAAAGACAAAUUAAAGUCCCCCAACCCCUCCCAUCUCCUCUCUCAUGGAGAACUAACAGACAAUUGGUAAGUGAACCAUCUAUUACAUUUGAAGCCAACUGUAAAGGUUUAAUCAUGAUAUUUCUCACCAGGGUUCUGAAUCAAAACCCAUUCUCUUAUUGCCAGGUAGCCACGAUGCUUUAACUGCAAAGCUUUUCUUUCCUCCUUAAGAUAUUCUGCUAAUCUUUGUGUGGACGAAAGCAACAUUAACCCGUCCUUUUUGAAUGAGAAAACACACACAAAAGUCAUUCAGGGAUGCAUGCUUGUGAGUUUCGCGUAUACUACUGACUUCUAUCGUUGUCUCUAUAUUCCUCUUUAUCUUUUCAGUUGAUUUGUUUUGCUUUCUUUUGCACUACACUUUGGGUCUGGCGCUUACAGACCAGGUUACCUCGGCAUCGUUGCCCUUGCAUCAUGCACUUAUUAUGGUCUGUCUCCGAAGCCCAGUCACAACAUUGCAUUGGGUCAGAGGUACAUGCCGCCUCUGUGCACUGAUCCAUAAUCAGACCCAGGAAGCUCUUUACCCUCUUUUUUUUUGCCAAGGGACAAGUUGAGGAGUGGUCUGACUAUGGAUCAGCUUUUUUUUAAGGUGGAAUGCUACCUCAUGGACCUCCAUCAGCGUCUCGCCGCUGAUCCUGGAAGGCCCGAGCUGCCUCCUGGGAAGCUCAUCCCAUCAUGGAGAUCUUUAUUGGAUGUAGGCCUUCUGGAAUCAGACUGUGAAACUCUGCUGCUAUCAGUUGAAUAUUUAGCUCCUAUACUAGGCUUUAGAAAGCCAAAGCUAAUGGAUGUUAGCUAACAACAACACACUGCUGAUGUUUUCUUUUUCUUUUUCUUUUUCUAAUCAAACUAACAUGAGGCUGAUUUUUAAAAGAUUUUCUUCUCCCUCAACCUUCAAAGACAGUUUUAAAGGCAGUUUACUACAACAAUGUGCAUUUAUAGUGGGGUGUUCAAUUUGGGGUGGCGGGUGGGUGAUAUGCAGUGGGGAGGGGUAGUUGAUAGAGCUGAGGGAAAGUCAGAUUUAAUAUAUUAUAAAUUAUUAUGACUGAUGACGUACAAGCCAAUCCAUUAUUCUGGAUGAUUCCUUUUCUCCUCAUUUUUAACUCAGGGUAUCUGAGACAGAUGAUGUGGGUUUCAAAAAUGCUUGGACCUAUCAUUGACAAACCAGAGGACAUUACAUGCCUCUCGCUAAUGCUUUGUCUGACUAAAUAUGACAAACGCCGUAGCCGACAGACGUGCUAAUAAUUUAUCACAAAGGAGAUAAAACACCGACACGGGGUUUGGCGCUAAACUUCUAAAAUAGCACUUUUCAGAAGUAACAGACAAAAAAAAAAAAAAACGAGAGAAAGAAAGCUGUUUGAGGUUAUGCAUGUAGUGUA